AUGAAAAUUAAUGAUAUUAUUUGUAAGUGCAAAUUUUCGAAAUUCAAAAGUGCAACUUGAAACAGUGAGUUUCGGAAAAAACUAAAAAUAUUUGUAGUUUGGUCAGACCAGCAAUUUGAUUCAAUAGAGACAAAUUUAGAAUUGAACCCCAAUUAAUUAAUUAACAAGUUCAGAUAUGAAAAUUAGAAGUUCAGAUAAUUAAAAUAAUCAACAAUUAAAAAAACAUAAACAUAAAUAAAAUACAUCCUAGAUGAUCCAAAGAAACAUUCUGAACCCGAAAUCCUAACAGAAAAAAAACCAUUCCCAAAAACUCAUCCUCUGAAGUCGUAAAAGAAGUCCGGAGCUCUGGAGAAAACGUCGGAUGAAGAAGUAGAAAUUCGAAAAAUAAUGAUUCAACAAUAUCCUUGCCUAUCCGAUGGGCGGGACAAAGAGUGGCAAGCACUAGGGUUAUAGUUUGAUAAGGCAAAAGUGGGCGGAGUCAAGCUAAACAAGGUUAUGCCAACUGAAAAAGUAGAGGGCUCCAGGGUGAGGGUUUCGAGGAUUGGGAAUCUCAGGAACCCUUUGGUGUGGUGUGGGAAGAGGGGUAUCGUCUUGUGCAGAAUUUUGUGGGGAUCAUUUUAAAACCGCGUUUGAUUGGGUAAAAAUUAGACUCUCUGGUGGAAAAUGCGAAUUUUGUGAGAAAAUUCAAAUACAGCUUGAAAUACUGUAAGAGGGUUUUAGAAAAAAGUUCAAAAUGAGAUCGUUCUUGAAUAGGUUCAAAACUAGACCAGAAAAGUUGACAAUACUCAAGUCAAAUUAUUUUAAUUCAAUAUUCUGAAUGCUGAAAAUUCAGAAUAAUCUAGGAUCUAGGAUAAUUAAAAUUGAUCUUUGAAGAGUUCGAGAAUCUGAACUACAGGUUCCAAACACAAAAGCUUGUGGAAAUUUUUCUCUUUUCAAAACCAGGCCCAAAAAUUCCUUUAAAAAAUAACUUUCCAAUUUCCAGGAACUCCACGCGAACGUGGCUACGCCGAAAAAAUCCUACCAAUCCGUAAAAAAGGCAACAAUCUUCUCUGCACCCUUCUACUCGGAAACGUCGUAGUCAACGCGGCGGUCUCACUUCUCCUCGAUGACCUCAUCGGAAAUGGUCUAUUCGCUCUAGUCUUCUCAACAUGUGGUAUCGUAGUUUUCGGAGAAAUUGUGCCGCAAGCAAUUUGUGUGAAACAAGGCCUACGUGUUGGUGCAGCAACAAUUCCACUAACUAGACUGAUUAUGUUUGUGAUGGCACCGAUUAGUAAAACUAUCUCAAUGAUUUUGGAUUGCUUUUUGAAAGAGGAAUUGACACAACCGCUUGGUCGCAAGAAAUUGGUGGAAAUGAUGAAAAUGUCACAGUUGGUGGGUUUUUCUCAAAAAUAUUCAUUUUCAAAAAAAUAAUAGAGAAUUGGAGGAUUUCAGAAUUGCAAGAAUUUUGUGUUUUGAUACAUAAACAACCAAUAAUUAUAUGGGUUUGAGGGGUAGCGUAUUUUUUUCGAAAUUUAGUUAUGACAAGUCUUUUUGGAAUGUUUUUAACUCAAAGAUUCGAAAAUGUAUGCUCUUCUGACGUAGUUUCUAGGAGCCACGUGAAAUGACGUCAGAAGUUUGAUUUUCACGUGAAAUGACGUCAUAAGGGCAAUUUUCACGUAAUGUCAAUCUCCAAGAGAAAACUUCAGUGCAUGAAUUUUUUUCUCAUUAUUCCCUCUCUACAACAUCUAAUCAGAUUUUAAGAUUUUAAAAUUUUUUGAAUUUUCCAAUCCUCAAAUUCCUGCACAAUUCUUCAAAUUUUUCCCCAAAUCCUAAGAAUUCUGAAAUUCGAAAAAAAAACACACAAAAAAAAUAUUUUCGAAAAUAAAAACUUAUCAAAAACGGAGAAAAAUGCUAGUUUUUUCUAGGUUUGAAAUGAAAAAGUAUAUUUAUCUUCUUAUACUUGUAGCUAUAAUUAUUAUGUUUUUGAAGAGAGAGCGAGAAAAAAAAGAGGCAAAGAAAAUUUGACGAAUUUGUAAACUUUACCUGGUUUUUGAUCGAUAUAUCUGCAACAAUUAUCGGGUUUUGGGGUAUUUUUGAUUUUAAAAAAAUUUGGAUAUUUUGAGAUCCCACAAGUCGGAGAUAUCAUAAGUUUCCACAUUUUCAUGAUCAUGAUUUUUUUUGAUUUCAUAUUUCCCAUUCUAAAAUUCAUUUCUCUCCAGUUCAUUCCAGGAUGAUCAAGAACAAAAAUAAAUCAAAAAUUCUCUAGUUCAAACUACAAAAUAGUGAUUGCUCAUUAUUUGUUUUUAUCAAUUUGGAGCUUGAUGGUUUCUGGGGAAUUCCAGGAUAAUGAGGUUUUUCGAGAACAGUGUUGGAAAAAGUGAAUAACAAAAAUAUAUUAGUCAGAAUCUCGUGCAAAAUAGUUUUUUUUGAGUUUGGAAGACCAAGAUUUAAGGUUUUGGGAGCUCUGCAAAAUCCCUCUCAAUUCUCGACAUUCUGAAACAUGAUUUCAAUUUGAAAAUUGAAAUAUGAAAACAAAAAAAUGUGGUUACAAUAGGUUUUCUCAAAUCAUAUUCUCAUAAAAGUACAAAUUCAAAUUUGACUUUUGAAGUCACUUUUGAAUUUCUUGAUUUUUGUUUUGAAGUUUUGAAGAGUUGUCCUAAAUUUUUGAGACAUUGAAUAUUCGAAAAUCUAGAACACCUUACAUCCUUAAUCUACCUAGAACUCUUUCUUCAAUAUUUCUGAGUUCUUCAUGGUCCCAGAGUUCACACAUUGAUAAAAAAUGGUCCCAUUUAUAAUGAUCAUCAGUGUUUUUUCGAGAAACCCCAUUUAUCCUUAACUUCUAUUCAGCUUCAAUUAUCUCUUCCUUUUCUCUGAAAGUUCCUGGUGUAAAACUCUGAAAGCUCCUGGUGUAAAAUCACCCCUCCCACCAUGAUCAGCGUAUUCGAAAACCCUACACCUCAUAUUUUCAUCAUAACACACACAUCCCCAACCAUUACGUCACCCAUUGACGCACUCUCAGAUCCCGUCGACUUCUUUUCUCCCCUCUCUCUCUGUCUGAUCGGCUCCGGAGCCCUCCACCAGGCACCGCCGCGCACCGCAGCCCUCAAUUCUCAUCAUGCGCCCGCCGUUUUCAACGCUCGAAAUCAAACUCUCAACAUCAAUUCCUGGCAUUUCACUAAUUUUUGUCAUCUUCUACUAUACGAUUUUGAUUUAGCAGAACUUGAGCCUAAUUGGGAAAUCACGAGAUAGAAAAAUAAUAAAUUGUCAUCGUUUUGACUAAGCCUGAAUUGUAAUCAUCUGAAAAUAGUAGCAAAAUGAUCACGGAAGUAUCCGAGGGGAUUUGAAGAAGCUCAGGUGAAGAAGGUCCGAGGAGAAAAUCAAAAGUUUUCGGAAGUAUUCAAGAGCAUUGAACAAUUUGGAAGAGUCCCUUGAGAGUUGGAAUAUGAAAGCUAUUAGAUUUUGUUAUUGAUAAACUACAAACAAUUAUUUGUAUGAAUCAGGAAAACAUUUUUCUAGGAAUCAGGAAAACAUUUUGAGACUCUUCUAGGAUUUGUAGAAGUUUCUAUAUAAUUCCACAAGAAAUGAUAAAUCACUAAUCAUGACGGAAAUUGUUUUUUUUUGUGAUGAAUUUUGAAAAAAAAAAUUCAAUGCCUUUUGACAAAAGAUGCAGCUUCUUUGAUAUUGAAUACAGAACAGAUUUUGGUGAAUCUUCAAAUUGGAAUCAAGAAAUCGAGCCUGACCCAAUUAGUGUACCCGAUCUUGAGAAUGUAUUAGUCCAGAGUGAUUAGUGAAGAUUCUUGUUGUUAAUUCUGUCCAAAAAGGGGCCUCCUCGGCCCAAUUUGAACUUACUUUAUGUAAUUGAUCAACAUUUUUCUAACCUGAUACAAAAAAUCCCCCAAAUUUUGCUCGAUUUUUUUCUAAAUUUUCCUGUUUCUGGAAAAUCUCUCGAUUCCCAUAGAUGACAUCAUUUUAAUUUUGUUUUCUGAAAUUCAGGUUUUUAACCCUAAAAAUACAUUCUUCAAAAACACGCAAAGAAAAUCUUGAUUUUUGAAUUUUUAGUAAAUACUUCAAGCAAUCGAAAAUAAAUUUUUUGAAAAAAAUAUAUCGCGUUUUGAGCCAAAUUGUCUAAUGACGUGCCUAAAAUAUCCAGAAUUUUCAAGAAUUUUGGUUGAUCUUUGAGCUUGAAAAAAUACAAUAUUUGUUGUUGUUAAAUGUUGGGUGAACUCUGAUAUAUCAUAAAAACAGCAAGUUCAAAAAUAGUUCCUGGUUGAAUGGAGAUACUGUAAUUCGAUAUUGAUUGAGAACUUCAGGAGUCAGCUCUGAUAUAUCGAUUUUUUUUUAAAUUAUCUGUCUUUUAACAGUGAAGCAACACAUUCCCAACAUUUGGAACGUCUGGCUGAAUAUAUGUUUUUCCAGAUGUGGGAUAUUUUUAGAUGGAUUUGAUUUUUCAGACGUUCCUUGUCAGCGGGGGAUUUAUGGGAGGAGUAUGUAUGUGAGAAACGAGAGAAAUCAAGCUGGGGUUUGAGAAAGUGCAAAUCAUUAAUUUAAUUUUAUAGAAGCAUAGCUUUCUUGCUAUGAUUUUUUUCUGGGUUACUGUAAGUGGCUUUAUGAGAAAUCAUGGCUUUUUGGGAACUGUUUUAUCAAUCUGUGAUGAAUAUCCAAAAUUCCAUUCAGUCUACUUCAAUUUCAAAUAAUUUUCUGUGGUUUUCAAAUUUCUGAUCAAGUUGUGAUAACUUAUAAUUAAUAUCCAGUUUUUAAGCCACCUUAUUUUUCCUAAUUUCCUUCUAAUUUUGGUAAAGAUCCAUUUUUUUCUAGAUUAUUCUCAAACUAAUAAUUUUAUGUAGGAAUGUUUAUAAGUUCUUCAAUUUCUCCGAAUAUCCCAUUUUUUUAGACAAUGAAAAACUACAAUACUUCAUUACCACCAAGUUUCCCAUAUCCACUUUUUCUCUUAAAAUUUUUAAAUUAAAAUGUUCAUCGAGAUCACCCAGACUUUUUCCGCUGACGUCGUUGUUUUUGCAGAUUCCCUUCUAGAUUUAGAAAAUUGUAGUACCGUAAGACUACAUAUUUUCAAAGUCCUAACGCUACAAAUUUCUUAUCUUUUUGCUAAUUAAUUAUUUAUUCAGGAGAAUGCAAAAAUAGUCGUUUUGAUUUCUUGAAUCUUGAUUAAACAGGAGGGGUUGAAUACAUGGAAUAAAAAUGAGAUAAGAAAAUCAGGCUCAAGAAGCUUGGGAUACUUUAUUUAUGUAUUUACAAAAUAUUUUCUAGUCCCUGAAGAUCCAACACCACAUAUCCAUAACAAAAACAAGAAUUUGUAUGCAAUAAACGACGCCUCUUCUCUCAUUUCAUUUUCCCCUGAACACUAAAUUUUAUGCAAAUUUUCAUUCAAGAACAAAAAUUAUCAAUUUUCCAGGUGGGAGCAAGUGACUGCAAUGAAGAUGACGACUUCAAAAUUGCCCUUGGAGCAUUGGAAAUCACGGAUAAAACAGUUCGCCAAGCGAUGACAAAGAUUGAUGAUGUUUUCAUGCUUCCAACAACGCUGAAACUUGGACCUGAAACUGUGAAUGAGAUUUUGGAAAUGGGUUAUACAAGAAUUCCGAUUUUUGAAAGUGAGUUUAGAAAAACAACAAUUUUAUUUUGGAGCCUUCAAAGAAAAAUUCAACUUUUUUCAUUUUCUAAAGUAAAACAUAAAAUGUUUUGAAAACUGAUGUUGAAUUUUUUUUUUUCAUUUUCUAAAAGUAACUUGAGUCAUAAAACAUUUUUCACUGACAUUUUUUCACAAAAACAAUUUCAAAAUUAAAAAAAAACAAAUUCAGUUACGGUAACUCCGACAUGAAAAUAAUCAAAACCUAUUUUCCCAAAAAAAUUGACUUCCCUGAAAAAUUCAUCUCAUAAAAAACAAACUCAACCCACAGUUUUGCACUUUUCAUUUCCCCUUUUGUUUUUUUCUUCAAAAAUAAAAUAGGUUGAGAAGAUUUUGCAAUUUGUUUGUACUUCCUGGAUUUUCUGAAAAUUUAUAGUAAAUAAGUGUGCACUUGAAAAGAUUGAAAAUGAUUUUUUUUAGAUUCAAAUAUCCAAAAAAAGUAAAAAAACUUUUCAGAUAAUCGGAAUAAUGUAGUUGCUCUUCUCUUUGUCAAAGAUUUGGCUCUUCUGGAUCCAGACGAUAAUAUGGAUGUGAUGAAAGUUUGCUCAGUUUAUAAACAUCAUGUUCGAGUUAUCGAUGAAGAUACACCCCUUCGAUUAUUGCUUGAUGAAUUUAAAAAGGUACUCUGUAGCUUCAGAAAAAAAUAUUUAUAUUUUCUAUUUAUCAACUCAAAUAAUCCCAAAAAUCAACAGAAAAAGAAAAUUCGUAGAACUGAAAAAGCCCCGCACACACACUAAUUGCAAACUGACGAAUUUAAAACCAAAAAUGACCUAUUUAGGAUCUAGGAGAAGACCAAAAAAGACAAUUAGCUGCGAUGAAUAAAUGAUGAGGAGAUGGAAAUUUGAGAAAAUGAGGGAGGGUGAGAGAGUAUGGGAAUGGUGAGAGACCCAGACAGACAGUUUGAUUAUUUUUUGGAAAGUUUUUGGAGAAAUAAUGACGUAUAGGUUUUGGAAACUUUGAGUGAAUAAUUCAUUGAAGGUCUAGAAAAAAUAUGGAUUUGGAAGAUUUUGAGUUUGAUCAGCUAUGAAUACAUGUUUGAACUUUUCAAAAAUCAAUUUUCAAAACAAAAAUUUGAAAAUUGUGAUAGUUUCCAAAUAACAAAAUGACGUGCAAUGUCUAGGUUUUGGACACUUUGAGGGGAAUUAGUGAAUAAUUUAUUGAAUAUUCCGAAGUCUGGAAAUUCUUGAUAGAAUAUUUGAUAAUAUUCUGAAUUUUAACAGGUUCAAUUUGUUCAACAAAACAAUGUUAUAAAGUUUUUCUGAAUUUUUUUCAACAUUUUUAAUUCUCAAUUUUUUUUUCAUAUUUUAUCAGCAAUUUUAAUUUUAAAAAUUUCUCGCUUCAAAAAAAAUUUCUCGCUUUUUAAAAAUUUCUCGCUUCAACUUCUCACAUUCAAAAUCUAAUUCGCAAAAUGAAAGUUGGUUAAAUGUAGAUCACAGUUCGGAAAACUAAAAAAAUUCCGAAUCCUAGAUUUUUUUCAACAUUUUUUUUUUCAAAUUCAAAGAUUUAGCUUUCCAAAAAAAAUUCAGACACAAAUUAAAAUGAAUCUAAAGGAAAUCCAAUUUUUCACUUCAAAAUCAUAUUUUUCUUAAAAUGACGAGAAAAAGUAACUUGGUUGUUUUUUUUCGGAACAAACAAAAAAUCCCUAGGGUGAUGUACACGUUAGUCGAAAUCAUUUUUUUGAACCUAAUCUUUGAUGUGUGUCAAAUUUCAAAUUAAAAUAAAACUCAUAAUUUGCGGAACACUGAAUAAUUGGUUUGAUAUUUAAAAAAUAAUGAUCAAUGAAUCAGAGUUCUAACAUCUCAAACAAUUGAAAAUGUUCCAGGGAGAAUAUCACUUGGCGAUGGUUCAUCGCGUUGUUUCUGUCGAUGAUGCUGAUCCAUACUACGAAUUGACUGGUUUGAUCACAUUGGAAGAUAUUAUUGAAGAAAUUAUUCAGGCUGAAAUUCUUGAUGAAACUGAUGCGGUUUGCGAUAAUGUUCAUCGAAAGAAGCGUGCAAGAACAAAGGUUUGUGUGGCAUUUGGGGAGUAUUUUUUUACUGGGGGGUAAUUUCGUAAGUCUUGAAAAUUAAAAAUUACCCCCCAGUAAAAAAAUCUGGGUUACAUACGUUGAAAAUUCACUUGAUAACUCUGAAAUUUUCAAAAUCAGCUUAUCAGAUUUUGAUCAGAAAUACUUCUGAAAUUCGAAUUUCGCAUCUAAAACUUACUCAAAAUUAUCGCAAAAAUCUUCAUUUUCAUUUCCAGAACAAAAAUUCAUAAACUCAUAACAAAAAAAAACAACAAAACAAAAAUGCCCCCGAAAAUUGCAAUUCCUUUUGCCUUGGGCUAUUUUCAAGUAUACUUGGGGAGAAAUCCCAUUCUUUUUCCAUAUUUUCUGCUUAUCCAUCUUUUUUUUCGUGUGUGCUCCUUCAAGUUUUCUUCUGGCUUUUUUUGCGGCUACCGACCUGGGAAUUAUCUAUCUAUCUAUUUUUCUUAUUCCUGUCCUGUGGAACGAAAAAAAAACACACACACGAAAAAAGGGGUGGAGUCAAGAAAAAGGGAGGAGAAAGCAAGAAAGAAAGAAAAAGAUAUAUUUUUUUUCUUGACUGCUGCUCUUUUAUUCUACCCCUUUUGAAAAUGCUCCGACCACCGGGAGCAAGUUCACUUACCGUAAGGCACAGUUUACGUGAAGCAUCUUGUUAUUCAAUUCGAGAUGUUUCGAUGGCCGGAAGUUUAUCGCGUAAUAAUUUUGGCGCCAAAUUCGAUUCGACAUGGUGUCGAUAUUUUUUUGCGCUUAUUUUUCUGAUUUUUGUCACGUCAGCUGCUAUGUAUUUAUCGAUUUUUAUUAAAAGUAUUGGAACAGAGUGAAUUUCGUGAAAUUCUUAUAAUAUUUCUGUAUAUAAUGUAUGUCUGAAGGUAAAUUUUUAAGAGAUUAUUGAUUAAUUAUACUGUAAUUAUUUGGGUUUUUUGGUAAUUAAGGGGUAGAGGGAUGAUUUUUGAGAUUUUGUCUGAAAAAAAAAAUUUGAAUAGGGAAGAUGAAAAAGAUCUGGAACACUAUUUUGAGGACUUGAAAACAGAAUUUCCAGAUCCUGAAUAAAUUUUAAAAAAAUUAUCUGAAAUCUGUUUUUGAAAUUCGGAAAAAUUUGCGAAGUUAUUCAAACUCCAAGAAAGUUUUCAAAGAUUUUUUUUGCUUAGAAAUCCAGAGAUUUCUUAAAAUUCUCUGAAACAUUGAAAGUUUCGAAACGUUCCCAGAUGUUGAAUAUUUUUCCAGAUAACAUUUUUCCGUUUUCUUUUUUAUUUCAGGUCAAAAAUAUCAUAUUUCUCAACAAUUUUUUGAAAACAAAAAAAAAAUAGAAAGUGCAUUUUCCAAACUCUCUCUCCACCUUUCUCAAUUUCCCCCCAGCAAAAGUUUCAACAUCUCACUUUGCUGCUCUUCCAAACUCAGAGGAGCCAACAACAAGCCGAAAUUUGAUAUUCUCUCCCAUCGUUUUUUCCAUAAAUACAUAUGCAUCAUCUUCAUCUCCCCCACCAACAAUUUUUAUAAAUACAUAUAUAUUCAUAUGUGUGAAAUGAAAAAUAAAAUAAGAAUGCAAAGAAAAACACGAUGUGAAAAACACUAAAUGUGUCUAUUUUUCUCUCGAGUCAGCCAAUCAAAAUAAAUUCAAUUUAUCCUAACUUUGAAAGAUCACAAAGUUUUUUCACUCUCGAACAUCCAUAAGCUCAAAGAUCGUUUUGAAAGCUACAAGUAAAAAUGAGUCACAAGUAGAUUAGAAAUGAAGCCAAGGGGAAAAUGUAAUAAGUAUUUUUUAUGACGAGGGGGAUUAUUUGUGCACUUUUUUCAACAAAAAAAAAUUAAUUUUUCCAGCAUCACGGGUUAUCUGAACUGGUAAAAGAGCCACAAAUCAAAUCGCCAAUCAGUUUUCAAAUGCAAGUUGUCGCAAUUCAAUGGCUCACUUCACAUCAUCCACUAUUCACUUCUGAUUAUAUUGAUCCAUAUAUUUUGGAAAAAUUGAUUCGACAAAAUUGUGUCAAGGUUUGUUAGUUCAAUUUUUUACAUAGAUCUAAUUUUUCUCCCCUUGUUGUUUUUUCAAUUUUCAAAAUGAGUCCAAAACACAGAAAAAUAAAUAAUGUGUGUAUUGGACACUAGAGCUGUUGUUUUGUUUCAAAUUUGGAAAAUACACAAAUAAAAAUAAAUUAGAGGGUUUUGAAAAAUUAUUAUUUUUUAAUUAUAUUAAAGCUGAAAUUGAAUAGUUAGAACUAGGGAUUUGAGGGAAAUUGGAAAAAAACACGGUGAUUCGAAAUUUCAAAAAAAAAAACUUUUUUAGUAACCUGAAAAAAUCAGCCCAUAUACAUUAUUUUUGGAUCUACAUAUAUUAACCUAGCAAAAACAAUAUUCAGAAAAAUUACAGUAAUUUAUAUUUGCACAAAGAAAUUCUCUUGAUUUUUAAUUUUAUAAGGUUUCUGAUAAUAUUCAAAACCCAGAGCUCAUCUGAAACUUCAGUCAGAUAUUCUGUAACUCGCCAAUUUCUAGAGUCGCACAUCAAAUUAUAUUCAUAUUUCCAAAUUUAAAUCAAAUUUUGAUUCCAGGUGCAAAAAAGGACAUUUUCAUGAACUUUUAGUUUCAAAAUAACUUUCUUCCAUACUUUUUCACAAGAUCACAAGUCAUGAUCAAAAACCCAGUAAUCCUCCAUCCCACCCAAACUCAUUUAAAAUUCAUGGAAAAUUUUCAUCUUCAGAUCGAAACUGCUCAUUUGACAUGUUUACGAGAAUUGGGAUCAGCUCCACCAAAACCAGCCACUCUUUACACCAAAGGACAAUUCUCAGACAAGUUCACUUUAGUUCUUCAAGGCUCGGCAAUCGUAACAAUCGGCGAAGAAAAUAUGAAUCUUGAAGCUGGCGCUUGGCAUUCAUUGGGAACUGAAGUGUUGGAUUCAAUCAAGAGAUAUUUGGAUUCGAAAGCGGCGCAUGAUUCAACAUCUUCAUUAGUUGCUAUGAAAGAAGUUGGGUUUAUUCCGGAUUAUUCGGCAGCUGUUCGACACGAAUGUACAUUUAUUUCGAUUUCGGCGGCCACUUGGCUUAAGGCUCGCAGAGCUACACUUUUGACAGCACAGAAAGGACCUGAAGAUUCGAUUGUGAGGGUGAAUUCGCAUUCGAGUUUAGUCGAGGAUUUACCAUCAGCGGUUAGUUGAUUUUUGAGAAAAGCACCUUUUCGGAAUUCGGAUAAAUCUGAUGUGACAGUGUGAAUUUUAACAUUUUUAUUAGUGAAUUUCAAGAAAACUCAAAACUGUGAAGCUUUUUUUGCAAAAAAAAAAACACUUUAACUUUAACAAAACCUCUUGAAAUCCAAAAAUACAGUACUCUAAAAAAAUCAUCAAGUUUUGGCGCCAAAAUCUACAGUACUCCCUACCUUUUUAUUGAAAAAUAAAAUAGUAAAGAUUCCGAAUCCCACCCACUAACUAUUAGUUUCAUUUUUAAAUUCAAAUAUUCCCGCCAAAAUCUACAGUACCCCACCCCGCCCUUCAAAAAGUGAAUGCAUUUCCACUAUCACUUGGUUGUUUUUUUUAUUCGCAUUUCACGCAUAUUCUUUUCAUUUCCAUCUGCCUGACUGACUGACUGACUGAAAACUCUUUUUUUCCUCCCUACAGUAUCCCUACAGUAUCCACAAAAAAUUUAAGAGUAAAAACAAAUCGGAUUUUGGUCGACGUAUGCGUAGAGGCACAUUUGUCUGAAAAUGGUAAAGUUUGAAAAAUCGAGUGUACAUAUUUUUUUCUGGAACUUUUUUCGCCAAGCUUUUGUGUGUUGUAGUGUUAUCCCCCCAAAUAUGUUAUUGUUGUUAUAGAAAUUUUGUUGGUUUUUUUAUAUUAUUAUUAUUAUUAUAUUUUUUCUAUUCAAAAUGCUAGAAAUUUCUUCUAAAAUUAAUCGAUUUUUUUGCAGCUCAAAUCACCAAAACGGAAUGGCAAAAAAUCGGAUGCAAAGCCUAGAAGUGUCAGUGAAAGUGAGCGAACCGAGCUUCUCAAUAUUCAUAAUAAUAAUAUUGAAACCACUAGUUUUGUUUAG